GCAGUGGGUUACCAGAAGCCUUUGUAGGUAGAAACGCACCGGUGAUGUUUGAAUGGGACUUCGUGUGGAGAUAGGGUUUCCCGAAUUACAACAUCCUUUGUCGAGGCUAGGUGAUCCUGAAACCGUUUCAGUACAAGGGGUUUCGACACUGUCGAGUAGAGGACUGUGCAGUGGAAGAUCUGCUUCUCAGAAACGUGAAAAUAGUAGGAUGUCAUCAAGAUUUAGUGAAAGUGUGUCUGAAAGGAGUGAAUGUGGAUCUGCAUUAGAAAAGACAUUAAGAAAGCACAAGAUGGAACAGCUGGACAACUGGAGGAAGCUGGAUCGUUGGCUAAAUCUCAAAAAGCAGUGGGCUUGUGACCCCAGAAUAGCUGAUCAUGAUGCUCAAACAAUUAUCUCACCAAGGCCUGGGACACAGAUGAGACUAAAAAUUGAUGAGCUUCAAUAUCUCCUGCAUGAAAAGAUCCGAUCUGGUGGAUUUUACACUCUCAAGCAGCUUUUCCAGGCAAAUGACCCAAUUGGCAGAGGUCAUGUGACAAGGGAAGUAUUGUUGACAGUUCUAACUCGAUUUCUGAAACGAUUUAUUGCUACAAAUGAGUUCUAUCACCUUCUGCUCAGGCUUAAGCUUAAUGAAAAGGCCAUCAUUACUUUUGAAAACUUCUAUUUGCAUUUCAAAGAACAAGAACCAAAGGGUUACCCAGCUUGGAUGGAUCCUGUGAAACGACCCAAUGAAAGCAAAAUGUUGAGUUCAACACAAGCUCAUUUGCAGCUGAAGGCAAUGGUUAAGGAGAGGCCAAUGGAACUGAGAGAUCUUUUCACAAAGAUGGAUAAUGGCAGAAUGCUUGCAACAACAUUUCAAAAUGCCUUGCAUCAGCUAGGAAUAGAAAUGGAACAAGAAGAAUUCAAAAAACUAUUGAAGAGGUAUGACCCCAAUAAUUCUGGAACUGUUAAAGCUGACAGUUUAAUGAGAAUAUUAGGCUUCCAGGCUAAAAGUGAUCACGAUGAAGGAUGGAACAAAAUCUCCUCAGCUCUUGGCAAGACAAAAAGAUUCAGGUUAUCGGAACAUCAACCCAGACUCUCAGGAAGAAACCGAACUAAAGCAGAAAAAGAGAGGAAACUGACACUGGACAUUGAAAACUGGUUGAAGGAAAAAUUUAGAGAAGGUUUCAAGAGCAUGAAGACUGAUUUCUGUUACUACGACCAAGAUAAUUCUGGAAAGGUAACCAGAGAAAACUUUUUGCGUGUCCUGAAAGUAUUUGACCUACGACUCAAAGAAGACCAAUUAAAUAUUUUCCUUGUGCGUUGUGGCCUUCAAGAAGAUGCACCAAACAUAAAUUAUAUAGAAUUUCUUCACAAUUUCCAAGACAGAAGUGAAAAUGGAGUACCUCACAGGAUUAUAACUGAUGAAAAUCACAGAUUUAACAAAUUCAGUAGUUUUGGCUCUCAAUCUUCAGUAACUGCUUUGGAAGCAAAGCUAAUGAACCUUCUGCAUUAUGAGUUCCUUUCCCUUUUAGGAAUUUUUCAUAAAAUUGACAACAAGAAACUAGAUGUAAUCAGCCAACAGGAAUUCUGGGCAGUCUUAAACAGCAGGUUUGGUAUUAACAUGACUGAUGAAGAAAUGAAUUAUCUGAUGAAUAGAAUACCACUUGAUCACCAAGGGAAUGUAAAAUAUCUUGAAUUCAUGUCCAUGUUUGACAGUUGCAAAGGAGCAAAAAGUCUUUUGGGUGACAAGUCCAUGAUGACAAACCUCAGCAAGGAACAGCCAGCAAAGAAAGAACACAGUUUUGGAAGAACCACAGAUCAGAUCUCAAAAAUUAUACAGAAUCUCCUAAAGAAGCAUUACCGAAUGGUGGAAGAAAGUUUUAAUAAGUUGGAUACAAUGAACACAAAGCAACUUUCUCCUGAAUCAAUGUACCAGCUAAUGAAACAGUUCGACAUUCACCCGCCAAUCUCGCGAGAUGAAGUCAGUAAGCUCUGGAGCACCUUAAUUACCAGCCAGAAUAAUUCUUUGGAUUUCCAUCAGUUUGUUCGUCACUUUGGCUUCUCACCUAAAUCAGCUUGUUUCCCAAAUGCAAAAAUAUGUCCACCAGUUAAAGGUGACAGUGACUUUCUGAUACGAUCUAAAAAGCUGAACUGUGACACUGACAUCAUUGAGGAUAACCUGCAAGCUAAGAUUCAGCUCCUGCUGGAUGAUCUUUGGACAAGCUUUCGUGAGUUGGAUCAAUUUAAUAGUGGUUUUGUUAGCAAGGAAGAAUUCAAAGAUAUCCUUAUGGUCCUUUGUGUGGCACUGAAUGAUCAGGCCUGUGAGAUGAUCACCAGCAAGUUUGACCAUGGACAGAACCGGAUUUCUUAUGUUGAGUUUCUCCAACCAUUUGAAGAUCGAAGGAAAUCAUUCAAGCUUGACAACUUAAAGACUCAAAAACAGUUACACCCAGAAUUUGCAGUGUACACAGAAUCCAUGCAUAAAGGUCUGGGCACCAUUACAGAAAAACUUCGUAAGAAGUUAGCUGGUAACUGGAAAACAUUGGACAGAGUCUGUAAAAAACUGGAUUAUGCUAGCACUGGAUUUCUCACGCUGCCUGAGUUUCGAUCUGUUCUUCAACUCUGUAAUAUAGUGUUGGAUGAAGAGGAAAUGUAUCAGUUAAUGUCAAAGUACGAUGAAGAUAUGGAUGGUAAAAUUAAGUAUACAAAACUUAUCAAUAAAAUUUUCAAGACUCUAUAA